UCCAAAGAGAGAAGGAGCGAUCCAUGGAGAUAAGCAAGCAUCUUGCAAAAUUGAUGGAGGCCACCUUGCAUCCGCCUGCUCUCUUGCGCUCCCCCGAAGACGACGACGAUGCUGCUGCUGGUAUCCCCUGGGUCCUCCUCGACUUGGAGGCCUACGUCGCCGACCACCGCAACGACACAACUGCCUUUUCACAUACGGAGUCCGGUACGGAGAUCCAGGUCACCUUCUUCCUCGCCCGCCCGCCGCGCGUUUCCUACUUCUGCGUCUUCUGCCCUGGGAGGGAUCACACGGAGAUCCCCAUAGAGCCCAACAUCCUCGCCAUGGAGGAGAACCUCGUCCUCCUCCACAUCGUCGUCGGCCCUGAGGACAAGAUUUACAAAGACCGCGACCUCUUCAUCUACCAGGCCAACGGGGCCGACGACGGGGGGCCGUCGCUCGAGCGGCUCCAGCGCCCCCCCAGCCGCGACUACGACUUCGAUUACAGCAACGUUGGCCUCCUGCGCUGCAGAGACGGCGGCGGCUGUAGGUUCAUCCAGCGCCCCCACCGCAACAAAAAGGAUGAAUUCAUCAUCGCCGCACUCUGUGACCUGUACGGCGGCCCAGGCGUCGCCGCCCAUCUCCCUGAUGACAUGUUCAAGCCAGGAUCCGAGUCAGGCAGCACGCCGUUCGCUCUGUAUGUCUACAACUCCAAGCCCAAAGCUUGGACUGUCAGUGUGGUUUCACUGGACCAACAGCAACAGCAAAAGCAACCAGGAGACUGUUUUCUGCAUUUCAACAGCAAGGUGAUCUCCAUAGGAGGAGAAGCUGGCACCAUGGGGUUUGUCGACCUCUGGCGGGGCAUCCUCCUUUGUGAUGUGCUCAAUGGCGACCCCAACCUUCGUUACGUCCCGCUGCCAAAGCCGAUCCGGCCAGGCAAGGACCUCCGGGGUGAUGCGCGCCUCCAUCGGGACAUUGCUGUCAUCAAGGAUCACAUCAAUUACGUCGAGCUGCAGGUCAAAUGGAAGCCUGGCCUAGUCUCUAGGGAUGGUCGCUACAACAGUGAUGGCUGGAUGGCCAGGACAUUUAGCAGGCCAGUGGCUGCUGCUAACUCAGUGGCUGCAGCUAACUCGGUUGCUGAUGAUUGGCGCAUGGAAUGUGAGAUGAAGUCCUCCGAUGAGAUCGACGUCGACAGCAACCCGCAUUAUGAACUGCUGCCUAAGCCGCUGGACAAUGAAGGCCGGCCUCUGCCACCCUUUAAGAGCGUUGUCAUAUGCCAACCUACACUCAGCUUGAGCAACCAAGACGAUACCGUCCAUUUCAUGAACAAGGACGUCCCCGGGGACGACAAGGCGUGGGUGAUCGCCGUCAACAUGAACGAAAAGAAGCUAGUAGGAGCAGCUAAGUUUGCCGCAGAAAGGACUGAUGUUGUCACUUUUGCCUACGUCCACAGUAGGAUAUCUGAGUAUCUGACAGGAGCUUCAGGUACAAAGGGAAGCAACAAACGACAUGGGCCCAUGUUGGUGCGAUCCUCCAGCGAGAAGCAGCCAGAUUCGCAUGCCACCUCGAUUCGAAUGUUUGGACACCUGGAUGUGGAAAUGCCCGUCACAAGUGGAACCAGAUCCUCUGACGUUACCAUUUCUACGUCAGAGGGCAGUAGAUGCUGCCAGCGCCGUUCAUCUGGCAUCGAACGCACUCUGCCGCUGGGACGGCAGUGCGACGCCGAUCCCGUCCCACCAAUGGAGGUCGUGGGUGCGCUGGCCUCGCGCCGUGGCGCCGAUUCAGCACUGUGCAUGGCUAUGGACCCGACCGCCUCGUGCCCCUUGAGGAAGUCCGGCAUGACUAGCGGCUCGUGGAGACCGACGACGUCCGAGACGAUGCAGAGCAUGCGCCCGCCGGUCCCUGGGCCUCUUGCACGAGAUCGACAGCAGCAGCUUCAGAAGCCAGGCUUCAGACGCAGCAGCAGCCAACGCUGGGCUUCAGAAGUAGCUUCAUUGAAUGUUUUGGCUGAAUGUUGA